AUGGACAAAAAAGGCAACUUUGAAAAGUUAAGGUAGAAGUUGUAAAGUGAUUUAUUCAAAAACGAGAAUCACUAAAAAUAGUAAACCGACGAAAUCAUAAACUAAUGUCCUUAGAUUUUAGACUAUGUUCAUUGCUCAAGUUAGAGUGAACUUAAAGAAGUGCCAACUAAAUUGAUAGAUGUUCUCUCAAAUCAGAAACAAUUGGAAUAAAUGAAGCAGUCCUUUCAAAAUCAGUACUAAGUAGGUAAGACAUUAGGAGAAGGUGCUCAUGCAGUAGUUCGACAAUGUUGGCAAAUUACAAAUCCUGAUGAAACCUAUGCUGUCAAAAUUACCAGGAAUCCAGACCCUGAAAUCACAGAAAUAAUGAAACAAACAUUCCUAAAUACAGUCUCCUUGAAUCAUCCAUAUAUAUGCUAAACUAAUAUGCUUUACAUAGAUCCUAAUAUGGAGUGCUCAUAUCUAGUCAUGGAAUAUCUGCCAUAUCCAAGUCUAUAGCAAAUCCUCAAAGAAAGAUAGAAACUGCAAUUUGAGGAAGUCCGCUUAAUUACCAGACAGUUAUUUGAAGCAGUAUCUUAUCUCCAUUAAGUUGGAUUAUGCCAUAGAGAUAUUAAACCAGAUAAUAUAGUAUUUGAUAGUGAUUCGAAUUCAAUUAAAUUGAUUGAUUUUGGUGUUUCAAAAAGAUUUCUUGUUACUGAAAAAGGUUGUAAAGAUAUUAAAAAUAACCUUAUGUGGACUGUUACUGGAACCAUGCCAUAUCAAGCACCAGAAUUAUGGAAAGGAACCGGAUAUUCCAAUAAAAUUGAUAUAUGGGCUAUAGGAGUAGUUUGCUAUUAAAUGCUAUGUGCAAAGUUGCCUUUGGAUUAAGCAAACCAAAUGGAAAGUUUUUCUACUUAAACUGAGUAUACUGGCCAUUUUCAAGACGAAUAGUUUGCUAAGCUUCCUCCAUUAAUUAUUGACUUUGUUAAAAGAAUCCUAAAAUGGGAUCCAGAAAAACGAAUCACAUCCUAAGAGGCUCUUCUUCAUCCUUGGCUUUAUUAAUCAAAAUUAAUACCAACACAUUUCAAAGGAAAUUCUAAAGAUGAUAAUUUCUCCAGUUCAAAUGAUAAACCUUUAUUAGCCCUUUUGAGAUCUAUGUAAGCUAAUGCUAAGAUUUUUUCAUAAUCUGUUUCCAAUGCCAACGAGAAUUGUAUUGAUAAAACUGACUUCAAUAAAAAUCAUGGGUAAAUCAUAAUUGGUUUAAAAGAAACGAGUUAAUAAAUAAGAGAUAAAUCCAUUCAUUUUUAAUAAUCAAUUCAUUCUAUGAAUCUAAAUAAAUGCUUUUCUAAACCUAAUACAGAUGAUGUUAAAGAUCUUUUUGAUGUUAUUAGUUAUUGUGAUAGCAAUUCUUCCUUUGAGGAUCUAGAAGAAAAACCAUAUAUAUAAACUCAAAAAUAAAAUAAGCAAUAUAGCUACAACAAUAAAAAAUGGCAUUUUCCAAAAGAAUCAGCAUUAUUAAAGAAGAACAUGGAUAGCUUUGAGUGA